CAGACCUCUCCCUUGCAUCUGUGUCCUGUACAUGUCUCUUGCUCUUGGACAAUAAAAAUAUUUGUGCAUAGACUAUAAAUGCAUGGUAAUAAUAGUUACAUGCUUCUCAACUCUCAGCACUGCAUCAUCACCACAUCUCUCCUCUUCCGCUACCUCUCACAUAUAUGGCACAGCAUCACCCACAAGCUCGGGCUUGGGAGUCAGCCAUGCUUCUUCACCACCGUUAUUACCAUCAUCUCUACCACUCGGAGCAGGAGGAAGCCCCACAUGAGAGAGAACACAUGUUUGAGAAGCCCCUCACACCAAGCGACGUAGGGAAGCUCAAUAGGUUAGUCAUACCGAAGCAGCAUGCCGAGAGGUACUUCCCACUCGACGGCGGCUCGGCGGAGGGAGGCCUUCUGCUGAGCUUCGAGGACGAGUCAGGCAGGGUGUGGUGGUUCCGGUACUCGUACUGGACCAGCAGCCAGAGCUACGUGCUCACGAAAGGGUGGAGCCGCUUCGUCAAGGAGAAGAAGCUGGACGCCGGCGAUGUCGUCCUCUUCGAACGCCCGCGGUUCGGGGGUCGGGACCAUUUCUACAUCGGUUGCCGGCGUCAAAGCCCGCCGCCGGCUCACUCCAUGACCGUGCCCGACGGUCCAGAGCCGCUGAGCCCGGUGUACCACGCUGCUGCUUGCUCGUAUCCGGCGAGCAACACAGUAACACAAGACUGUCUUCUUCAUGAGGAGGAACGGAGCAACGCGGAGCGAGACGAGGCGAUUGAGACUCUUCGGCGUAAAUUUCGACUGCGGGCCGGAGCCGGAGCCACAGCCUAUGACCUCAGCCUCAUGGUUCUUGCCAGGAAAUGCUUCCAGUUCUCAGCUAUAGGAGGUCCAUCCUCUCCUCUUCCGAAUGGCAUUGUUGAUUUGACUUGCGAGGGCACUGGGCACUGGGCACUGGGCACUGGUGGAGGUGGGCAGGUGGAAAGAGAAGCGUCGGAAAAGAGGAGGGGAGGGGAGAAGAAAUCCCUGGAUUUCCGGGCAUGCGAUCUCUGCGUCCCUUUUCAUUUUCUCUUCAACGAUUCCACUGUAGACGACCUGUCGGGUCUGAUGGAUGGGAUAUCUGGUGAUGUUUCAGGAAACAUCAGAUCCAAUUUGCCUUCCAUGUCUCUGAAGAAAGAAGAAAAGAAUCUGAUGAGGCUUCCUGUACAUGUUGCAGUUCACCUGCACUUUCUCUUUCUUUCCUGCAUGAAAUGA